CAACGGCGAUGGCGGCCCAGGUGGCAGGGCGGCUCUUCUCGCUGGAGCUGCUCGUGGACUGGGUGUGGCUGGAGGUGGCGCCGUCGCCGUACGCCGCGGGCCCCGCCGUGGCGUUCCGCCUGCUGGAUUUCCCGCCGCUGUUCGUCCUCCCGCCCGCAGCUCCCACCCGGCAGCCCCGGAGCGGCGCCAUCGGCUUCGGGCGCGGCAAGGCCUGCCUACUGCGCCUGCGCCCCGCCGCCCUGCAACGCCCGCGCCUGCACGCUGCGUUGCUGCAGCUCCCCGGGAGCCCCGGGUCUGCGCCGCCGCGCCUGCUGGGGGCUUGCGACAUCCUGCUCGUCGCCUCCCAGGGCCGGAGGGGUGUAUUCACCCUGCGGGGCCCGGCGGCUGAGCGAGUAGGGGAAUUGGCGCUCUUCUACCGCCUGACCGACCUGGGACGCUUUCCCCCGGGGGCUCCGGGGCUGCGAGGCCUGCCGAGCCCUGCGAGUAUCAUCAGUUCCGAGGCCCCGGAGGAGCCCGAGCCACGAACUCGGGAGACCUCGAAACCAUGCACAAAAGACACGUCUGCCAGAUGCCUACAGUGUGCCUCAAAGCUAUGCACCAAGGAUACCAACAGCUGGUCUGCAGGGGACUCAGACCCCUCAGCUGUCCAGAAGUCCUGGAAAGAAGCAGUCUUACACAGUAAGGCCAGCUCUGGGGACGUGGCUUCUGUCCCUUGUUCGCCCGCUCCCAGUGAGAGGAGUGUCAGCCCCCUCAGCCUGGAGGUGACAGAGCUGGACUUGGAAACCAACACCUUCUGCCCUCCUCCUCUGUAUUACACUCACCUGACUCAGGAGAAGACUCCUCCUGCCGGGGUUGAAAUCACUAUCGAGCCUCAGAGAAACGGACCUGAGGAUCUGGAUGACAUUCUCCCCGAAACAAAACUUCUAGGUCCUCCCAUAGGUCCAGUGGAACAUACAAGGUCUGUAACGCAGGAGAGCCCUCUGGUGAUCCCAGAUCCUCCACAGAUGCAGGGUCAGGGUCCGAGAGCAGCUAGUGACGCUGCGUGUCCCCCUCAGACAGAACGACAUACAGCCAGUGCAGUAACACAGCUGCCGCUGUUGAACGCUUUGCUGAUGGAGCUGUCCUUGCUGUGCAACCAGCCCGUGGCACAUCCCACGCAGGUGCAUCCCCACUUAGCCUGGUUGUACAGAGGGCCAGAACCCACCGCCAAGUCCGCGUCUAGGUCAGAAUCCAAGAGCAUCAAGCUUUCUGUGGGAGAAAAUAAAAAGGUCCCGAGUCUCCAGUCUAAAAAGCACCCCAAUGGUAAACAUUCAGUGCAGGUCAGUGGUGGCCCCCCACCAAGGGGUCCGAACGGGAGGCUGCUUUACGGCCUGACAAACACACUAAGACUGCGCUUAAAGCAGACAAACCCCGACAUGCUGGCUGUACAUGAAAAGAGAGAACAGUAUAGAAAGUCACAGAUACAAGCCGUGGGGCCCAAGUUCCGAAUCCCCUCAUGGAAAGGCAGAGGAUCAAGUUCGGCAGCAGAAAGCCAGGUGCCAGCACAGCCCCCGGAGGAAAGGUCUUCGCACUCACACGGGUCUUUUGCUGAAGGUAGUGAUACCUCAAUGCAAAUCAGUGCAGGUUUUGAUGAGUCAAGUCCCACUAAAGAAACGAAGGGAAGCCAUACCAUGGAGAAGGAAACAGUUGAUCAGAGCGAAAACAGAACCAACAACACCGCGUUGGAAGCACCUGUGAGUCCAGCAGGUUCCAUUAUUCCAGUAUUUCCUCACACAAAUACUUUAGGAGGAAAAUGGAAAGUGAAAGUCCAGAGCCCAGGGCUUUCCCCACAGGAUCCUGCUGUUGACAGAAGUGUAGGUGACAGGAAAGAUGGCAGGCAAGUCAAAGCCGCAGACAUUGUGACUGCUGAUGCAAGAGAAAAGAGACCACCCAGUAGAAAAGGUUCCCUGGAGAGCAUCUCAGAGCUGCAGUACCAGGAUGCGUUGGCCAGUCUUUGCUACUCUGAAGACUUCUGCACUAGUGAGAACAACAGCAGAAGCCUGCGUGCUCUCAAAGGCAGCACAGGGCCAGAAAAUGCACUAGGGCACAGGGCAGAAAGUUCACACACCAGCAAGUCAAGCGAGGCAAGGCUGUCCACAAGGAAAAACGGCAGUGAAGUGAGUUGUGUGCCCAGCCCCCCCUUUUCUGCCGGCUCACCAGUGUGUGCACACAAAAGAUCUCAUGUACUGAAAGCUCAUGAUAGCCUGGAGGAAGCAUCCUCUAUCUCCAGUGACUUUUCAUCACAGUGGACAAAUGAAAAGGCGAACCAGGCAGAUCCAGUGAGUUCAGGUGUCCCAGAGGUGAUGAGGAGAUAUUGGGACAGCUCCACAGAACUGAGAGUAGGGACUGCUCACAAGUCCUCUGAGAAAAGCCAGUCCCCACGGACAUCUCAAGUGAGUUCUUACGAGCCAUCAAACUUGUCUGAACUAGAACUCAAGGCCAUAGACCACAGCGUGUCAGCUGGCUGCCAAGAGGAGGAAGACGGCCUUGGUUCACUGCGCAUCUCCAAACAGUGCAGAGAUAUCUGUGAAUUAGUAAUAAAUAAACUUCCAGGGUACACGGUGUGAAAGUAUGCUACUUUCGGAAACAGGCUGUAGCUGAUGAGUGCGGAUACAUGGUAGUUCUUUUAAGAAAUGUAAAUAGUUUGUCUUUGAUGUUUAUGCCUUAUCCUUCAAGCUGAUCUGAAGCCCCUGUUAAGCUUAGGAGUGAUUCCUUUGUAAGAUGCUUAAGAUUAAAAGUAAUGUCUGUAUACUCUCCAAAUGUGUCUGUCUCGAAGUAAAGAUUAUUCUAAAGUUGGCGUUUCACACACCAUUUAAAGAGAAGGGCUGUUAAUAAGCUUAGCACCAGUUCUUCAUGGGGAUAAUCUUGUCAGGGCUGGAUGUGUCAGAGCCCGAGAUGCAGAAGUGUGCCUGUGAUGAGCCCCUGCUGCCAAGAACUUUGGUUUACAGCCCCUCGCGGCAUUCUGUCCUUCAGUGCUUCAGCUCCUUCACCUCACUUGAUUAGCACUUCCUUGGCCUUACACUCUGUGGUAAGAGAGCCUAUCUUGUUUUACAGACCAGUAUUACUGUAGUUUUUAUGAAGCUGCUGAAUAAAUGUCUCCU